UGUUUGCAACAUGGUGUAAACACGGAACCACCUUUAGUAACUUUAACUCCGUGCUGAAGUUUAGAGAAAUGGUUCUUUAAAGACAUGAAUAAGGAAUAUGAGCUGUAUCUGUGCUGUCUUUAUUAUAAAAGUAACACAGUUCACACUGAACAUAUAAUACAGCCUCAGAAUGAGUGAGUCAGCAAUAUGCAGAAAUAAGGAAACUCACUGAAUCAUUCUCUGUCUCAUAAAGUUUGCAUGCAUUUAAAAUGAUAUCUAUGUGAUAUGUAAACCACCUGAUACCUGAUCCGAAGGGGGGCAGGAGGAGGGAGUUUUUAUUUGCGUGAAGUGAAAGUGAAAGUAUUUCUCCAACUGUGAGCAACUCAAUGUGGACUGCAGCUCGAAGCACAGGGAGUAAUAUCCAGAAAUGUCCAUGGAUCUGUUUUUAAAGAUUCUCAUUCACCUUUGUCUGUUUGUAGGUGUGCUCUGCGCCCAUCAGGUGUCAUGGCUGCCCUGUCAGUUCAUCGAUGAAGAUGUGUUUAAAAACGAUUUAGGCCUCAUUGAGACGAAGCACAUCCACAGAGAGGCACUGCUGCAGUUUGGACAGAAAGGAGACGCUCCUCUCAACCCACAUGCCAUCACUUACCUGGUCACAGGGUCUAAGUUGGACCUGCGGCGGUACGUGGAGGACGUGGAAGCAGAGCAGCUGGAGUGUGAGAUUCGUCGGUACAGCACGCAGGGAAUCCACGUCCGCUGGCCGGUCAAGGGGGAUCAGGAGUACAACCACUGGUUCACCUGCACCCUCAGACACAUACAGGACCUGUUCACUGUCACCAGCUUCCUCAGACAGCCAUCUGACCAGCCGCCCUCUGGGGAGCAGGACUACCUCAGCUGGACCGCUAUCGAGGACGGAGAGGUACUCACCACAACAGUGGCCAUGGUCACCAAAACCCGAUCUCCAUUGGUGAAAGCCGGUCUGGGCUCCCAACAAAAGCUCCACUGUCAGUUUGCCGUCGACCACAAAGGACCGGAUGUCACCGUGGAGUGGCACUUCCUGUUUCGAGGAGAGAAAAGCAGACUGUUCAACCACAGCAGCCGCACAGGACAGACCAAGGGCAGCGGGGUCGGGGUUAAGAGCCUUGCUGGCGGGGACGCCACCUUCACCAUCCCCUUCAUCAAAAUGAGCAAUGAAGGGAAAUACAUCUGCUCCGUGUCCGUGAAUCCACUGUUCUCCAGUUUGGAUGUGAAUCUGCACGUAGAAGAGUCUCCUCGUGUCUCCCUCAACGUCGAACCCACUCUCUCUCUGCUGGUGGGUGGCGAGCAGAAGGUGAUCUGCGAGGCAGACAGUUACUACCCUCUGGAUGUGGAGAUAGUCUGGUAUGCUCAGGACCCGUCUGCUUUGGGCCAGAGGGUGGGCGCUCCUCUUCCUAAGGUGCUCCAGAACAUCCUGCUGUCCAGCCACAAACACAACACGGACAGGACGUACUCGCUGUCGGCCUUUUUCUACCUCGAAGCCUCGCUCAGCGACUCGGGGACACAGUUCACAUGCAGCGUCUCCCAUCAAUCCCUCAGAGUGCCCAUCAGGAAGAGCUUCAUCCUGAUGGUGGAAGAGCCAACCAGCUGGACAUUUUACCUCAUGGUCGGCUUCAUUAUGGUGAUACUGCUGGUCGUCCUGCUUUGGAUGCUGUCCCACCUGAACUCAGCUAAACGGAGAUCAGAGCUGAAGAAACCAUACUAAGCAGCCUCCAAAGACGAAGUAGACCAACAGAGAGGAGAGGAGUUCAGGUUUCAAUGAAACUGAAUGGGAUUUUUUUUUGCAUUUGUGCUAACGUCAAACACCUCUAGGUAAAUGAUCACGACUAAGGGCCUGUGUCCACUAACUGUAGAUUUUGCACUAGCAGCACCAAAAGGAAUGCACUUGAACUGUUUUUGUUUUUUUCUUUAUA